GAAGUUGCACAUUUCUGCAGCAUUUAGAAGCGCCAACCCUGGCUGAACACAAUCAGCCGAGCAAGUUACUGAACAGUAAAUGUGAGUUGGCUUGCCCGGACUUUGUUGGCAAUCACCGAGAGGAACAAGCCGGGCAGAGAGAGGUUUGGACCGAGCGAGCAGGGGGCGAGGUGAGCGGGCUCAGCAGACCCGCCCCCGGUGCUGGACGAGCCAGGGCGGGGAGGGGCUGGGCUGGGCUGGGCUGGGCUCUCCUGAGCCAGCCACAGAAAGUUUGUCAAAUGCUCCUCACUUCUUCCCCCACGAUGGGAGAUGCAGAGAGCGGGAGUGCCCGUUGACGUGUAAGCCGCGGUGUGGGUGUGAUGUGAGCAGUCGGCGGGACUGUGUGGAUGAAGCGAGCCGACACACGUGUUGGCGCUGCCCGGCGCCCUGGGCGAUGACAGCCGAGCCCGAGUGAGAGGAGCGCUUCACAGCGGCGAUGACUUUGGCCGCGGUCUCCUGACUGGUGCGAGGUGGACAGUCGGCGGGAUGGAGGUGCAGGUGCUGUGCUGCCUGUGCUACUGGCUGCUGCUGCCGCUCUCCCUCUUGGCGGCUUGCCUCUUUCGCUACAACGCCUUGUCUCUGAUUUACCUGCUUUACUUGUUGCUGCUUCCACUGUUCUUUGGUCCCAGUGAACACACUGUGAGAGGCCACACUGGUCGUCUGCUCAAGGCACUGCUGGGAACAAGCAUUCUCUUCCUGUGUGCGCAAGGAGGCUUUCAGGUCGCCCUGUAUGUUUUGAAAGAUGAGGAUUUGUUGGGCUAUAAUUGCAGCACAUGGGAAACCCUGUCCAGACACAUUGGAGUUACCAGGCUCAAUCUGAAUGAUAUUGCAAACAGCAUUCGACUGGUGGCUCCAGAUUUGGGAAUAUUUAUCAUCAGUUGUAUCACGCUAGUUUUUUGUAGUCGCUUGACUAAGAGAAAGAAGUCAAUCCUGAGCAAGGACGCAGUCAGCAGUGAGGAAGAGGAUGUGGAAGAGGAAGGUUCUGAGUUGGAAGACGCAGCAGAGGAUGAAGAAGAUGCAGCUGAGCAGGAGAGACGGAGACAAGCCCGUUUGGCCGCAUUGGCACGGCUGCGAACUGCGGCACAAAAGCUUCUUGAAGCGACAGGGAAAAUUGUGGCCAUUCUCCUUUUGGCAUUAGCUGGAAUUACAGUUCCAUCUGCAUUCUCUGGAGUUUAUUAUUUGCUUUUCAUUGGAAUUUGCACAUGGUGGGCCUGUCACUUUCCAAUGAGCCGUAUUGGAUUUAACACAAUAUGUGUUAUGGUUGCGUUUUACACUGCAGGCCAUAUCAUCUGCCUGUAUAUCUAUCAGACUGCAUUUAUCCAGGAGAUGUUCCCCUCUGAUGGACUCUGGUCGAGAUUGUUUGGCCUGAAGGAUAUUAUCCACUCAAACUGCAGCCAUCCUCAUGAGCUUGUCCUCAAUGUGAAUCAUACAUGGCCAGCGUUUGCAAACUUUGCAGUGUUGCUGCUACUUUAUUACUCUGUAGCAUCACUGUUGAAGCUGAAGAAAAAACCAGGCCCCACAGAUGUGGCUCGGAAGAAUGGCGAGGAUGUUGAACUGGUAAAUCUUGAGCCUUGGCCAAUGAAACAGAAUGAAUCUGAAGAUGAAGCUAAACCAUAUAAAAGAUUUAAAACUGGAACUUCAUGCCAGUUUUUGUCCUCUGAUCUAUUCGUCAACCCUUUUUUCUCAAUUACCUUGUUCAAUGAUGGUAACCAAAUGAUCCAAUGUUGCAACCUGCCGGUGGGGAUCACAGGUGAAGGAGACAGCGUCACUGUGCACGUCAUUGGUGUACCAGGGCAGCCGGAUGCAGUUGAAACUUUGAAUCACCCUCCCACACUUGCACCGAGAUACUCCCAUUCACUGCUUCAUGGCCUCGGGCACGUGAUGAUGCAACAGAGCUACAUCUGCGCUCUCAUCAUCAUGAUGGUUUGGAGUAUUACGUUUCACAGCUGGCUAACCUUUGUGCUUUUGAUUUGGGCUUGCCUGAUCUGGAUUGUCCGUAGCCGGCGACACCUUGCCUUGUUCUGCUCGCCAUUCAUUCUGCUGUAUGGGAUCUUGCUGUGCAGCCUGCACUAUGUUUGGGGAAUGGACUUGACUGAAGAACUUCCAACCAAAAUCGGAUUUGUGGUUCUGAAGCAGCUGGGCCUAGCCCACAUGGAGGAUCACUGCCUCAGCCUCGGCGUCAUGCUGUUGUAUACGCUCACGUUUUGGCUCUUAUUGCGCCAAUUUGUCAAAGAAAAAUGCUUGAAGCACAAAGAGGUCCUGCUGAAGGAAGUAACUGUGCCUGAACCAGGUCAGGAGAAGAACGAUGUUUUGAAAUUACUUGGCGAACUCGUCAUGAGUUUCUAUGCCAAGUACUGGAUUUACAUUUGUGGAGGGAUGUUCUUCGUGGUCAGUUUCGCUGGAAGAAUAGUGGUCUAUAAAAUUGUUUAUAUGUUCCUUUUCCUCCUUUGCCUGUCAUUCUAUCAGGUCUGUUACUUUCUGUGGCGGAAGCUGCUGAAACUGUUCUGGUGGCUAGUUGUUGCCUACACAAUGCUGGUGCUCAUUUCAGUGUACACCUUUCAGUUUGAUGACUUCCCACAUUACUGGAUGAACAUUACAGGAUUAACAGAGAAACAGUUAGGUGAUAUGGGAUUGGAGAAAUUCGGUGUCAGUGAGCUCUUCUCCAGCAUCCUGAUCCCUGCCUUUUUCCUGCUGUCCUGUAUUCUGCAGCUGCACUACUUCCACCGCUGUUUCAUGCAGAUCACUGACUUGGAGCACGUACCCACAAAGGGAAGUGGCCCACUGCAACGGCUGAAGGAAAAUUUAGUAGCGCGUUCUGAGGAAGCGGCUGAACUCCUUGGGAACGGGGCAGCGGAAGGCACAGACAGCGAGGACAAUGAACGCCCAGUGGCAGAGGAGAGCAGGCUUGAAGGAGAAAUUGCUGGCAAUAAAUGGGGCUUGGUUAUUGACCGCCUCUUGGUACUUUUCCUGAAAUUCUCCAAAGUCCUGAAUUCCAUCCAAGUGAAAAUUUGGAGGCUCCUUGAAUUACAUAUGAUGAAGCUGGUGGCACUGUUCAGUGUGUGGGUCGCAUUAAAGGAGCCGUCAGUCAUGAACUUUCUCUUCAUCGUCCUCUGGGCACUUGCGAUGCCGUUCGCCAAGUUCCGACCAAUGGCUUCCUGCAUUUCCACUCUCUGGGUGUGCAUCAUUGUGGUCUGCAAAAUGCUGUAUCAGCUGAAGAUUGUAAACCCAACCGAAUAUUCCAGCAACUGCACAGCGCACUCUCCAAAUGAGACUAAUCUAAAAGCGAAUGAAAUCAUGCAUUCUGGUCUGUACAGAGGGCCCAUAGACCCGGCCAACUGGUUUGGAUUCAGAAAAGAAUUUCCUGUUCUUGCCUACCUCCAAGAUCAUCUUCUUCUGCUAAUGUUACUAGUUUUUGAGAUAACUGUGUACCGGCACCAGGAGCACUACCGCAAGUAUAACCAGAUGGCCAGGCCCACCACCAGUACAUUAUUCCCAGAGAUCACUCGGCAGCACCUCGAUCAAAGUGUUGCCAGCUGUGCCAAGUAUUUCAGCAAUUUCUUCUUCUACAAGUUUGGUUUAGAGGUUUGCCUCAUUAUGACAGUCAAUGUGAUUGGGCAGCGGAUGAACUUCCUUGCGAUCAUUCACGCUUGCUGGUUGAUUGCCGUUGUGACCAGACGUCGACGGCAGGCGAUAGCCAGACUCUGGCCCAAGUACUGCAUCUUCCAGUCCCUUUUCCUGCUGUGCCAAUACCUAUUGUGCCUCGGAAUUCCUCCAGCCCUCUGUCUAGAUUACCCAUGGAGAUGGCCAUCCCCGAUCACCAUUCACUCUAGCCUCAUUAAAUGGUUCUAUCUGCCGGACUUUGUGGUUACCCCUAGCUCCAUACAUCUUUUCUAUGACUUUCUGUUGCUGAUGUGUUCAUCCCAUCAAUGGCAAGUAUUUAUUGAUGAAAGGAAGGAAGAAGUUAACACCAAAGCUGGUGAAAAUACAGAUAACCCAGAUCCCAUGACGGGCAAGGAUCUGAACCCAGUGCCAAACUUCUUUUACUGUCGAUGUUACCUGGACAUGAUAAAAGCCGUGGUCUUCCGAUAUCUCUUCUGGCUCGUGGCAGCAGUCAUCUUCGCAGCCGGCUCCACUCGAAUAAGUGUAUUUGGUCUGGGCUAUCUCCUUGCUUCCUUCUAUUUGCUUUUACUCGGUCGAAGACUUUUACUGAAGCCAGCAGCGAAUCGUUUAAACUUUUGGGAUUGCUUAAUUAUGUACAACAUUACUGUGAUGAUUGCAAAGAAUAUGCUCUCGCUCCUGGCCUGUGUCUUCUUGAAGCAGCUCCAAAGUAACUUCUGUUGGAUGAUCCAGUUAUUAAGUUUGCACUGCACUAUCAAAGGCUACUAUAAUGAGAAUGAUUUAAAGAAUCCAGGGUGUAGUUUGCCCGUGGGUGAAGCUGGCGUUCUCUGGGACAGCAUCUGCUUCUUUUUCCUUUUGCUUCAGCGCAGAGUCUUCCUCAGCUACUAUUUUAUCCACGUGACGGCUGACAUGAGAGCCUCCAAGCUGCAAGCCUCCAGGGGCUUCCAACUAUUCAAUGCCAGCAUCAUCAAAAACAUGAAUUUCCUGUGUGAAACUGAGAUGAAGUCCAAAGCACAAAUAAAGAGACAAAUGGAGAGAAUCCGGGGAAAACAGGAGAAAUACAGGAGAGGUGAAAGAAAUCCCAAUGAUCCCAGUGAAAAAGAUGAAGAAGAUAAAGAACAAAGUGCAACGAAAGAGAAGUCCCAGGAGAAAAGGAAAUGGUGGCAUCCCUGGGCAAACCACACGAAAGUGCUUCAAUCUGGAGACUAUUAUUUGUUUGAGUCGGACAGUGAGGAAGAUGAAGUAUGUGUGCAGGAAGAGCAGAAGCCUCCCAAACACAGUGCCUUCCAGAUGGCGUACCAAGCCUGGGUAACAAAUGCAAAAUUGGCCUUAAAGAAUAGAAAAGAGCAUAAAAAGCUACUUCAGAAAUUUAAACAUGAUGCUGAGACACACAGGCGGUCACUAAAAGGAGUAAAAGAAAGAGAUGAAGCUUUGCAACAGCCCUCAAAUGAAGAAGAAGUGGAGGAAGUAGACGAAGAGGAGGAAGAAGAAGAAGAAGAAAUUAAAUCUAAGGCUAAUGCAAUACAGCGUCUAACGUAUAUUCUGAGAUUUCUCUGGGUCCUGUUCCUAGCCAUGGUUGAUGGAUUGACACAAUGGCUAAACACUGUCGCAAAGCAAUAUCUUGAUACCUUCACUGUUCUGUGGAUAGAGCGCUAUCUAUUGACACAGAAACUUGCCCAGGGUGAGGGAAUGCAAGAACCUCUAGCUGGUUUUAAUGAGACAUCAGAAGAUGACAAUCGGCCACAGCAGCAGAACAUGGAUCCUGAAGAAAUAACAGCGGGAAGUAGUCCACAACUCAAUACCGCACCAAGUAAUUCGGAAGAAGAUCAAGAAGCCUUGGUGACCUGUGACAAGAGUAAAGCAGUUCCCGAGAUCAGUAAAAUCAAAGGAAUUGAAGAACAAAGUCUGGCUGUAGAUUCCCUGGAAUCGGCCGAAUCUGUCACAGUCUCAGAGGAGACAAAUGUCUAUCCCAUCGCCCGAUCUAAAACUGCCAGCGAGCUGCUUGCAACCAGCCACUACUACAUUGAAGAAUUGGAAGAGUCGAAGAAGUUUUAUGACUCCCAGAAUCGCUUGUUGAAACUGCUGUUUGCAAUGUACUACAUUGUUGCCGCUAAAUCUGAUCUGGCCUGCUACUUCAUCAUUAUCUUGAACAAUCUGACGUCGGCCUCUGUAAUCACACUCUUCCUUCCAAUCCUCAUGUUCCUCUGGGCAAUGCUCUCCAUCCCCAGGCCCAGUAAACGGUUUUGGAUGACGGCAAUCAUCUACACCGAGGUGAUGGUGGUCAUUAAAUACUUGUUCCAGUUUGGAUUCUUCCCGUGGAACAGCCCCCAUGUCGCUUUACUUAAUGAAGACAAACCAUUUUUCCCAGCACGAAUCCUUGGCUUGGAGAAAAUGGAGAGUUAUGUUAAAUAUGAUCUGAUACAACUUCUGGCACUCCUGUUCCAUCAGUCACUGCUAAAGCGGUAUGGAUUAUGGGAUGAUCAAGAGGAUCAAAAGAAAAAGGAUAAUGCAAAAGACAAGGAGGCCGUGCAAAAACCACCAGCUGUGAACCUGGAUGAUGCUGUGGCUGAAGACGACCACAUUUCUGUCUUGCAACCAGAGCAGGAAGUGGAAAAGCCUGGCUUUCUCUUCAGGAGGAGGAAGCAAACCAAAGUAAAGGAAAGUUCAUCCCGAAAGCCGAGGAAGAAACGCACCAAAAAGGAAAAGGCGAGCAAGAAACUACUUGAAUUUUGGAUGAAGCUGAAAAACUUCCUUUUUAAGAUGGUGCAGAGUAUUUGUAGGCCUCUGCGCAACUAUUUCUACAGCAUUCUACAUACAAAAUGCCGUGCGGCAACGGAUGUAUACGCACUCAUGUUUUUGGCUGACGUGGUAGAUUUUGUGAUUAUCAUCUUUGGAUUCUGGGCAUUUGGAAAGUAUUCAGCAGCUGCCGACAUUGCAUCCACACUGUCUGAUGAUCAGGUUCCUGAAGCUUUCCUGGUGAUGGUGCUUGUUCAGUUCUCCACAAUGGUGAUAGAUCGUGCUUUAUACCUGCGCAAAACUUUACUGGGAAAGCUCGUUUUCCAGAUAAUCCUUGUGCUCGGGAUACAUAUCUGGAUGUUCUUCAUCAUACCCGUAGUCACAGAGCGAAUGUUUAAUCAGAACACAGUGGUGCAGCUGUGGUAUUUUGUGAAAUGCAUCUACUUUGCCUUGUCGGCGUACCAGAUCCGCUGUGGAUACCCAACCCGCAUCCUCGGCAACUUCCUCACCAAGAAAUACAAUCACGUCAACCUCUUUCUCUUCCAAGGUUUCCGCCUGGUGCCGUUUCUGGUGGAGCUCCGUGCUGUGAUGGACUGGGUUUGCACAGACACCACGCUCUCCCUGUCAAACUGGAUGUGCGUGGAGGACAUCUACGCCAACAUAUUUAUAAUCAAGUGCAGCCGUGAGACAGAAAAGCGUUAUCCACAGCCUAAGGGUCAGAAGAAAAAGAAGAUUGUCAAGUAUGGCAUGGGAGGCCUCAUCAUCCUUUUCCUCAUCUGCAUCAUCUGGUUUCCUCUUCUCUUCAUGUCGUUGGUCAGAUCGGUAGUCGGUGUAGUGAAUCACCCGGUCGAUGUGACAGUCACAGUUCAACUUGGUGGCUAUCAGCCCCUGUUUACAAUGAGUGCACAGCAACAUUCACUUAAACCGUUCGACCAAAAGGAUUAUAAUAACCUCUGUUCAAUGUUUGAACGCAAUCCAGCUGCUAUGCAGUUUAUUUCACUCUAUGGAUAUAAGGAUAUCAUGACUGCGCAUAUCGAGGGGAGUUCGGGGUCAUUGUGGAGUGUGAGUCCACCCAGUCGCCAGGCAAUGAUUGCUGAACUCAAAAGCGAUGAAUCCGUGAUGACGCUUCGCCUUAUGUGGAAUUUUCAGAGAGACUUGAGUCUAGGUGGAGUCCAUGAACACGCAUCCGAGAAGCACAAUAUUGAUCUGGAACCGGAGAACCCUGUGCGUGAGCAGUUGGCCGGUCUUCUCCUGGGAACGCGCAAGGAACCAGUAUUGAUCUCACAUAUGCUGCCAAAGUACAUCAGAGCUCCAAAUGGCCCAGAUGCCAAUCCUGUUGAACAGAUAAAUUCAGAGCAUGAAAACAAUUAUCUAAACGUGACGAUGGAACUGCAAAGGCACGUUGGCAGGAAUGCAAAUGAUCCGGACGGAAUCUUGGAAUGGUGGGUGAUCCAGGCCAAAACUGAGGAGUGUAAACAGAACGAGUGUAAUGAACUGCAGAUGGUCAUCUUUAGUGACAAGGUCAGCCCACCAAGCCUUGGCUUCCUCGCUGGACACGGAAUAAUGGGUCUCUACAUCUCAAUUGUGUUGGUUGUCGGGAAGUUCGUGCGAGGCUUCUUCAGUGAAAUCUCCUAUUCCAUCAUGUUUGAGGAGUUGCCUUGUGUGAAUCGUAUCUUAAAACUCUGCCAUGAUAUUUUCCUUGUGAGAGAGAACGGAGAAUUGGAUGUGGAAGAAGAGCUCUAUGCCAAACUGAUCUUCUUGUACAGGUCACCUGAAACCAUGAUCAAGUGGACUAGAGAGAAGGAUUAAGAAGCGAGUUUCUUUCUUUCUGCUUUGGUCCCUUCUUUCUCUGCCACUCUCCCAUUUCCUCUUCACUGAGCCAAGUUGAACCCUGAUUGACCUGCACACAGAAUUACCUCAGAUUGUCACAAAUCUCUCGUGCCUGCUUUAGCUGAUUAUAUUUGUUCCUUGGAGAACAAUCUUCCUUCACUAGUUUUAAUGAAAUGAACGUAAUGCCAUGGUAUGCAAACACUACUCCUGGAUUUGGAUUUAAACCCUGAAAUGAACCAGUGGCAGUGUCGUAUAUUUGAAGACUGCGUGUUGAAUGGGGAAGAAACUGGGCUGUCUUGUUUUUACCACCUGCUUGCAUCAAAAAUGUGUUUUUUUUAAUCAAAUACUGACUUUGGCUAGUCAUUUAGUUUGAGUCAGAAUUGCAGGGCAGGUUAUUUAUCCAGGUCAACUGGGAAAGCUAAACCUGUUACCUGUUUCAUGGGACUUGGUGAAACGUGAAGAAGACUGACUAUACGGUUCUACUUCCUGACCGACAAAAGUUUCACAACGUUCAGUUCUGCAAAGAAAUCACAAGGAUAUGGAGACCUUGUACAUCAUUGAUACAUUUUUGAUAUUUUUAAAUAGAUUAUUUUUGGAAAACCUGCUUACCAGAAGAUCAUUUAUACAAAAAUAUUAUUGAUGACUUGAAACACUCCCUGAGGAACCUUCAUUAAACGUCACACGUUGAGAAGAAUCAUUGAAUGUUUGUCAGAUUGAAUUCUUGAAGCCGGGCUGCUUUAGUGAGGUUACACCUUUAGCAGUGUGGCACUGGGACAUCAUAGCUAUGCCAAAGGAACAUCAUGUUUAUUUUACACACUUUCAAACUGAUGAAUUUGUGGCCCAGUGCAAUUUCUCAAAAGUGCCUGCGAUUCUCAUUAAUCUGGCUGCAAUAAUUGUAAAAUUACUAUUUUUGAGCAGCUUUAAUGUUCAAUGGGGCUUUUGUGCAACAACCCAGUCAUCCAACCUUUUACUAAAGGUCAAGUCGCAGUUGAUUCUAAUUACUGGAUAUCCAUAUAUAUAUUAUAUAUAAAUGAAGAAUAUUUGUAAAGGAAAUGAAAAUGAUAAAAAUGAUACCUUUUUCUAAAUUAAAGAAGUCCUUUGAAUGACUA